AUGGUUACUUGCCGCCGGUGCAAGAAAGAGAUCAUGAAGGUCUUCAAUCACCGUGAGGUCCAGAAGCACAAUAAGAUCAAGGUUUUCAAAUACCGGAUGCUUCGGGGAUUCUGGCUCAAGCAGGCCAACGGCCAGCUUUUCGGCAGAGUCGGCCUUCAAGGCACUCAAAAGAGGCUAAGCUGCCAAAAGAGGCUUCCAGGCGACUGGGACGUGUCGCGUGCUUCCGACCGACGGCUCGAGCGCAGAAUCUUGAAGGGUCAGCUACUGAAGUACAAUUUCCAGUUCCAUGCUGGCGAAGAGUGCGCACCCAAUGCUCCGGAGAUGCGCUUUGAGGAGCAGUGUGGCUUGAAGCGCCGCAUAGAUGGUGUCCCAGAUGAAGGUGGUUACGAUGAUGAUAAGGAUGCUGGAGACAAAGCUUUGGCUCCGGAUGUGAAUGAAUCUGAGGACUCUGAUGAUCAGAUGAUCAUCAGACUUGUAAGGCAGGACAGAGCAGGGAAGUGA